AUGGGCCUGGCUACCUGGGAAAAGCUUGAUGCUGGCGAUGAAAAGACAGAGGAGACGAAGAAGGAAUCCCUAACGAUAGAUCAGGUAGUUGAUAAGAUAUACAAAGGUAUAAACAUCAAGCUACUUCUCGUCUUCAUCGCAGCAACUGGAACUAACACCCAGACCGCAGCUCAAGUUUACAUGACCAUCUUCACAGGCUUCAUUCCUUACUCGGAGUGGACUUGUGUCUCGGAGAAAUGCUUAAAUCUCUUCGCUGAAAGUAACUUCUCUCAGGCUUUCUACACCGCAAAACCCAUGUGCACAAACCAGUUGGUGGCAGGCACAGACUUCAACUGGACAAGUGAAAGAACGAGCUUUUCUAUGGACUGGGGGAUCUACUGUGAGUCAGAGAGCAAGCUCUCAGUGGUGUCCAGCUUCUUCUUUAUUGGAGCUUUCAUUGGGCUAGUUUCCUCCACAGCGGUCUUUGACAGAUUUGGAAGAAAGAAGGGGGCCGUAAUUGGAAACUUUAUAGCAGGUAUAGCGACUAUUUGCGCCACAUGGUGUCCGUCCUAUGAGGUCAUGCUGGCUGUUAGAGUUCUCCAAGGGAUCGGUAUGUUCAUGAAUCUGACAGGAAUAUAUUGCUGGGCAGUAGAAUUUUCCCCGACCUAUCUCAGAGGUUCUCUUAGCGCUUUCAUACUGAUCAUGUGGUCGGUCGGGUAUGUAAUUAUAGUGCUUAUUGGCUAUCUCAUUCCGUACUGGAGAUACAUAUUUUUGGUGACUGGAGCCCUUAACUUCGUCCUCCUCAUACCCAUACUUUUUAUUUUUCCCAUAUCUCCCAGAUAUGCUCUUGUCAGAGGGCGAGAGGAAGAGGCUAAAAGAAUUCUGAAGUCCUUUUCACAAGUGUGUGACAACGAGAAAGCUCUAGAUAUGGACCGAGUGGAACUAAUCUACACAACGAGAGUGCAAAACUUUUUCGAACAGUUCAGAGACUUUAAGGAGUAUCCUAGCCUGCGAAAACAAACUCUCCUUUGUUUUAUAUGCUGGUUUGCCGUUGCGUUCCUUUUCUACGGGUUCGACUUCGGCUGGGGAAAGAUAUCUAAAGACCUGUAUACUAGCUACCUCUUUGCUGCCCUAGGAAAAGUUUUAAGUUUCGCCAUAACCAUCCCCGCUUGCCACUUCCUGGGACGAAAAAGAGCUGUCCAAUUCUUUCUGAUGUUUGGCAUCAUAUUCUUCUUCUUGGCCAUGACAGACGUGCAGAUCACAGAAGAAUGGACGCUGGAGUUUGCAGCGUGCCUGGUAGGCAGCAUAGUCACCUCCUCUGCCUAUGCCAUCAACUACCUCUACACAAGCGAGCUUGCUCCUACCACUCACCGAGGUACGGUCAUGUCUCUGAGCUCUAGCUGCGCAAGAAUAGGGAGCUUCAGUGGCAUAUACACCACCCUCCUAUACGACAUCACAGAUAGAAGAGUACCUUUGGCACUGUUUGCUGGAAUGACCAUUGUGUACAUGGUGGCUGUGUCAUUCCUCAACGACACUACCGGCAAGAACAUUCCUGAAACUCCCUACGAUGUGGAGGUGCUGGCCGGGAACGAGAAAUAUCAGCCAGUCGAAAAUGGAGUGGACAAAAUGAAACUGGAGACAGCUUGAAGGGCGUUAGAUAUAUAGUGACAGUUAAUUUAUCGAGGCAGCUAUCUUCAGCUAAAAAUGCUAUUUGUUUUGAUGGAUAAACGGACAAUUCCCAUCCUUAAGCAUUAUAUUGUAUAGUGCAUUAUCAGAAAUAUCUGUAACGGGGCCAUUUUGUGGAUUGAAUACUUGUGCUGUACAAUUACUUCCGUAAUUAUAUUCUAUUGUUA